AAGCAAUGGGCAGCCUCUGACUGAGAGAGCUGCCUGCACCAAGUCAGCAACGCUGAGUAGGACGGUACAAUGCACGUCAGCUGCUCUAUCGUUCAUUACAGUGCUGAGUGAACAUUAAUGAAUAUUGUUUAAACGAACGAAAGAUUUCGAUAAGCGUUCUCUGGCUUGAAAACAAAGUAUAAGUUCUUUACAAUCUAGUUAAACACUUGUGUUAACUCCACUUAGGUUAAUAACUAAUGUCACCUGGCUAUUUUUAUAAAGAGCUAUUAAACACAACAUAUUUCCACUUCCCUAAAAUAUUCAAACCCUAUUUAUACUUACAAUAACCAUGCUCUGUCUGACUGAUGUUUCUAUGUGUUAUUUGCGCCCAUGACAACACCUCACGUGCAGCCCCGCACCACUGCAACCGGCGGUCGUUUCGACUUUGAUGAUGGGGGCACUUAUAUCGGGGGCUGGGAAGACGGAAAAGCUCAUGGACACGGAGUGUGCACGGGCCCCAAGGGACAAGGAGAAUACAGUGGCUCGUGGCACUUUGGAUUUGAGGUAUCCGGAGUAUAUACUUGGCCUAGCGGAAGCACCUUCGAAGGGCAAUGGCAGAAUGGCAAGCGACAUGGUCUAGGGGUAGAAACCCGUGGCCGCUGGGUGUAUCGUGGCGAGUGGACGCAAGGGAUGAAAGGCCGUUAUGGGGUUCGUCAGUCACUUUCCUCUGGAGCCAAAUACGAAGGGACGUGGGCAAAUGGCCUUCAAGAUGGAUAUGGUACUGAGACAUACGCUGAUGGCGGUAUUUACCAAGGUCAAUGGCUCAGAGGAUUACGACAUGGGUAUGGGGUUCGCACAAGCGCCUCUUUUGGGGUGGCAUCCCUUUUCCGUCCAAAGAACCUUCGAGCGUCAAUGACGUCAAUCCAGAGCGAACACGUAGAUCCGGCCAGCGAAAGAGAUCGAAAAAUCGAUGACUGUCGUGGUGGUUUUGUUCUAAAAAUAAAAAGUGAUGAACCUCCACCCCGACGACGUUCUCUUGUUGAGAAAUCAACAAGUCUAAAAAAGUCCAUUCUUCAGGGCUUAAAACUAAAGAAACAGCGUAGCACUGGUGAUAUCGACAGAAAGGGAGUAUCCGGUUCUGUCCGGAGCACGAAAUCUGCGACUAAUUCAGUCAGCUCCGGGUCUGUUAUAUCAGCUAUUACCCGGACUUCGGCACACAGCGACUCCAAUGCAAGUUUCGUCAGUCAAGAUGAUAUAACUGAUUCCAAUGUGGUUGAAACUUACAUGGGGGAGCUCAGGAAUGAUAAGAGGAGUGGGUUUGGUAUCUCUGAACGAUCAGAUGGACUCAAGUACGAGGGGGAGUGGUAUAACAAUAAAAAAUAUGGUUAUGGAGUCACUACUUUUAAGGAUGGUACGAAAGAGGAAGGAAAGUAUAAAAACAAUGUCUUAUUAAAUAGUGGUAAAAAGAAACAUCUGUUUCAGCUUCGAUCAUCCAAGUUCCGUGAAAGGAUAGAUGGCGCUGUGAAUGCAGCUACUCGUGCUUCUCAAAUAGCUCUCCAAAAGGCAGAUAUUGCUAUAUCCAGAACAGCGACGGCUCGAGGAAAAGCAGAACAAGCUAACGUUUUUGCGAUACACGCAAAGGAAGAUUCCGACUUUGCCCGUAUAGUAGCAAAACAGUUCGCCCCAGAGUUUCAACAGCCGGUAGAGAAUGAAUUACUCAAAAUAAAAGUAGAUGAAAAUAGACAAAAUCAGGAAAUCAACACAAUACGAAGACCAUCAACUACGGUGCCAAAUAAACAAGCUCAAGAGAGAACUCAUUCUCUCUACCUUCACCAGGGUAAUGUUUCUCAGGAAUAUUUAGCACUGAAUCCAGGAGAAAAUAUACAUACAGAGCAGGUCACUUCAGACGCUUUAACAAUGAAAAUUGAUCGAUAUGACAGUAGUAAAUCUCAAGUUCCAUUUCGAGAAAAUACUCCAGCCAAAGAAACUUAUCAAGUCAAUCAGAACCUCAUGAACUAUUUAGAUCCCUCAGUUACACCAACGGGUAGUGAAGCAUUCACUCGAAAUCCACAAGGUUCUUUUCGGCACCAGAAAAAACCCAGCUUUAGAGAAAGAGAAAAUAAAUACACUAUGCACCAGGUAAUAUCUGAGAAUCAUGACCAGUACCCUCUCGAGCAUGAAAAAUUUAAGAUUCGUUCUCGUCCUAGCCAGUCUCGCAAUCAAUUUAGUAUACCUAAAUUACAAACCGUUCAAGCUCCUUUGGACACUACACAUCAUCCCAUACGCUAUACUCCUGAUUGCACUCCAGACUCUGGGGUUUCCGAAAGCAUGGACAGUUAUGACCUUUCUCCUGGUCAUGUUCCACGGCGAUCUACUCUACCUAAUCUCCAUGCUGAGAGUUUUCAGGGUCAAGUUGAUCUUGGACUCUUUGUUUCUGCUCCUAGUGAUAGUGAAAGAGACAGCAGCGCCAUAUUGACUACCCCUCGCUUAAGUGAGAAAGAAGAGAAAAUAUUUGAUUCCACACCUCCAAGGACUACGUCAUUUUACGGUGGGGUAACAAAAAAACAACCUCCUUCUCAACUCCAACCUAGUAAACCUGCGGUUAUCAAAAGAAAAAAAAGUCUUCCUGAUAUUCAGGCGGCAGUAACGAAAUCCAAGAUUAUGACGAGAGCAGAAGUGUCCGAGCUGAGCUCUCAGAGGAGAGAGGAGGUUCGAAGAAUGCAAAUGGAAGCAGAACGGCUCCGUGCUAAUCCAUUACUAUAUUUCUUUAAUCCUGAUGUCAAGGCCUGGUUCUCGAGACAACAGUUAGUAAUAUUGGUUCUGUUCGUCAACAUCAGCUUGGCUUUCAUGUUCUUCAAACUUCUGACAUAAUCAGAAACAAAGACCACACUCUUUAACACAUGUUCCCUCGAGGCCUAGCUGCUGUUGAAAGAAAACAAAGAAGCAGCUUUUUUCUUUUUUUCAUCGUUACUCCGCCCAGCCUGUUUCCACGGUCUCUUAAAUUGGUUUCCACUCUUCACAGUAGCAACUUUGUGGAGCUUGGCCAUCCAACAAGCACGAUGAGAGCUAAGCAAGUUUAUUUUCAGGAAGAGCCUCUGUGCGUUAUAUGUACCAGAACUCAAAGAAACUGAUACCUGAAACUUUCUUUUUUCUCUCUCUGAAAAUUGAAGGACUGAUAAGUGUGAUUUAUAAGAAAUUAAGUAAAUCUCAAAUUUUAAGUUGUGUUUUACUCUAAACAAAUACAUGAUUAAAGGUAAUUCAAGUUAUAGAUUAUAAAGAAUGUAAAUUGCAACCAUUAAUGCGAUAGAUAAUUAAAUAUUUUGAAUUAUAGCAAUAUCAAAUUGUAGAGCACAAAAUAUACAGAACAAUAUUUGUAAUGUUUGAAUCCUUUGUAUUCAAAAAUAAUUGGCUUACACACAAAUAUAAUCUGUUAUAAACAAGUUAACCUAAGUUUAGAAAGUUUCCCAAGGCCUGCUUGUAAAAGUUGAUAAACAGAUUGAUCAGUUAAAAUAAACAUUGAUUCACUGCGAAUCUAUAUUUCUUUU